GCGGGGCGGAGCGAGGCCGCCGAAGGGAGGGGCGGGUUCCCGGCGUCGUAGUCGCGCUCGCCCGCUGCUUUCCCCGAGGCUGUCGGGACCCUUGGCCAUGUUCUGGCGCCGCGCGGCUUCGGUGGGGAGGCAGCUGGUGGCGAGCGGGAGGAUCUUGGCGGGGCGGCGCGGCGUGGCUGGAGCUGCGGGCUCGGGGAUGGGAAACAGCAUAUCCUCAUUUUGGGGGAAGUCAGCCACUACUCCUGUGAACCAGAUCCAAGAAACAAUUUCUAACAAUUGUGUGGUGAUUUUCUCAAAAACAUCCUGCUCUUACUGUUCAAUGGCCAAGAAGAUUUUCCAUGACAUGAAUGUCAACUAUAAAGUUGUGGAGUUGGAUAUGCUGGAGUAUGGUAACCAGUUUCAAGAUGCCCUUCACAAGAUGACUGGAGACAGAACUGUCCCCAGGAUAUUUGUUAAUGGAAGGUUUAUCGGAGGUGCAGCUGACACUCACCGGCUUCACAAAGAAGGGAAAUUGCUGCCUCUGGUUCAUCAGUGUUAUUUAAACAAAGGCAAGAGGAAAGGCGUCGAGUGACCUGGACAGUCGCCUGACCAGUAAAUGCCAUGUCUUCCUGAUGGAGCAAGGAAAUCCUCACUAGAUGCUGGGGCCUAAACCUCACCUUCCCAACCUAUGAACUAGACAAAGAACAUCUCUUCUUCAAAGUACUUAGUCUUAGGUAUUUGGUCUGAGCAGCACAGAUGGAUUGUCCCUAAAGUCACUUGUGUUACUAUUUUCUCACUAGGAAGACACUGUUCCAACUGAUUGCAUUUCAGAUAAACGUAGCAAACAGAAUUCUCCUUUAAGAAGUAUUAUUUAAAAUAAUUGAAAACAUUUCCAAUACUGUACUAAUCUGGUCAUUAUUUUUAGUUUCUGGCCAAGAGUAUUUUUUUAAAACAAUAUUUAUUAUUUAUUAUUGAUAGUGUUCUGUCUGCAGGCCAAAAGUGGGCACUAGAUCUCAUUAUAGAUGGUUGUGAGCCACCAUGUGGUUGCUGGGAAUUGAACUCAGGACCUCUGGAAGAAUAGUCAGUAGUCUUAACCUCUGAGCCAUCUCUCCAACCCCUGGUCAAGAAUAUUUUAAGUGCCUAAAAAGUAAUGCAUUUCCUAGUAGAUUCCCAGAGUCAUGUUGGAAAGAUUACCAAAUGCUGAGCCUUUCUCAGAGGUAGGAAGAACAUAGACUUCAACUUUCUGGUCCAGAUAGAUAGACUAAGAAAUCAUGGAGAGUUUGGAGGGAGACAGAGGCUUGCUGCCUGUGAGGUUUCUACGUGGACUUCAACUGCAUUUUAGAAACCUUGACACAGUGAGAAGUUAAGAACGUUCUCCUGAUAGUUCAUUUAUCAUGUUGGUAGGAAAGGAAAAUGGUGUAUUUUUAUUCAUUUAUUUUACACUCUAUCAUGAGAAAUUGUAUAAUUUCACUAUGCUCUAAAAUUCACAUUAGAGACUAGAUGAAGUCUGUUAUGCAUGAGAAAGGUGAAAUUGUUAUUGUUGUCACUAGUAAUCUUAUUAGGAUAUAGGUCAGAGGCAGGCUACUUAAAUGUACAGCUAUACCAACCAGCUAACAAUAUGGUACUUGGCUUUGAGGGACUUUUUUGUGGUAUUCAGACUCAGACCCAGGGCUUGAGUAUUAGGCAGGCGCCUUACCACCGAGCUAUAUAACUAAUCCUUAAGAAGAAUGUUUCGUCAGUUCUUCCCAGGCUUGUGGAAAACAAGAGGUUGUGUGGUACUUAAUUCUUGGUUAGGGUCAGAUGUUAAAAUAAUCUAGCUCUUAAAAAAGCCUUAUCGUCAGAAGGCUCAAGAAUACAGAAGGUGGGCUGGCGAGAUGGCUCAGCGAUUAAGAGCACUGACUGCUCUUCCGAAGGUCCUGAGUUUAAAUCCUAGCAACCACAUGGCGGCUCACAACCAUCUGAAAUGAGAUCUGCCUCUUCUGGUGUAUCUGAAAACAACUACAGUGUACGUACAUGUAAUAAAUAAAUAAAUCUUUAAAAAAGGAAAAGGAAUACAGAAGGUAACAGGAUAUCUUGAUUUUCAGUUAUAAGGUUAUUUAAGAAAUAAACUCUUCCAGUGAUUGCCUAGUAGUGUGCUGAA